AUGAACAUUCUCUCUAAAAUCCUCAACCUUGCUGCUGACAGAGGCAUUUUUGGAUAUCAUCCAAAAUACAAAAAGUUAGGUAUCACUCAUCUCUCCUUUGCUAAUGAUCUUUUGAUAUUUUGUAAAGGAAACCUUGAGUCUAUUGUUGGUGUUACCAGUGUUCUUAACCACUUUUAUACCUUGUCUGGUCUUAAUCUUAAUGUCAACAAGAUUGAAUUCUAUGCUACUGGAAUAUCUGUUGGAACUCUUGAAUCUAUCAAAUCUAUCACUGGUUUUAAACAAGGAUUUCUGCCAGUUAGAUAUCUUGGUAUUCCUCUGUUCAUCCUUCCCCAGAAGGUUAUCAAUAGUCUUGAACAGCUAUGCUCUGGUUUCCUUUGGAAAGGAUCUGAUAAAGCUGCCAAAGGUGCCAGGAUCAGCUGUAACAAAUUAUGCUACCCCAAAUCUGAAGGAGGCCUUGGUUUGAAGGAUCUUAACUCAUGGAAUAAGGCUUAUAUGAUUCAACUCAUCCGAAAACUUCUUGCAUGA